UUCUCAACUUCCCAUAUCCACACACAUCAUUCUCUCUCUAGUUACAGAGUUGAAUUGAGAAUGGUAGUAGUGGUGGAAAAGGAGUAUUGAAGAAGAGGAUGAUUUUGAAAUGCGUUUCAUGGCUUGUCAUUCUGCAUCUUCUUCUUCUUCAUAUCAUCAUACCCUCAUUUCUCCAUCUUCAAGAAGAAUCAUCUCUUCCAAGAAGUCUUCAACAUCCGUUCUGCUUUCCCCAUCUACAGUCACCAGAGGCAUCUCCUACAAUCCCCUCAUCUUCGAGGCUGUAAGACUUUUAGGCCCACCUGCAAGAUUUGAACCAUCUAAACUUAAAGUUAUUCUCAAAGGAGAUCAACCGGAUAAGUGUCAAAGGGUUGUUCCACGAACCUACACUCUAUCCCAUUGUGAUUUCACUGCUGAUUUGACCUUAACAGUUUCAAGCAUUAUCGAACUUGAUCAGUUGAAAGGAUGGUACAGUAAGGAUGAUGUUGUAGCAGAAUGGAAGGAAGUUAAUGGUGAUCUAUAUCUUGAUGUUCAUUGUUAUGUCAGCGGACCCAAUAUCUUAAAAGAAUUUACUGCUGAGUUCAGAUAUCAUAUCUUCUCCAAGGAAAUGCCUUUGGUACUUAAGGCUGUACUCUUUGGAGAUUCUGAACUUUUUGAGGAGCAUCAAGAGCUGAUGGAUGCCCUUGUUCGUGUUUAUUUUCAUUCUAGUUCGGCUAAAUACAAUCGGGUAGAGAAUUGGGGACCUCUUAGGGAUGCAGGAGAGACAAGAAGGAAAGAAGAUCAAGUUCAUGAGUUCUUGAAUUGUAGUAGUCAUGUGGAAGAAGAUUCACGUUCUGCUUCUAAAUUCUGGGGAGGAGGAGGACCAAAAGCUCUGUUUCAAGCACUCUUCACUUUUCUCCUUUAAAACAUAAUGCAUAUAUUGUUCAUUCUCAUUAUUUUACAAAUUCCAUUAGCAUGAGAGAUGUUAUAUCUGUUCAAUAACAAUCAUAAAUGAUUUAUUUUACUACUAU